CGUCAGGCUUCCCUGCUCCUGCCGUGCAUUGGGCUGGUGUGAUUGGAGGGAAACCCCGUGGAUCACAUUCAGACGGUCGGGCUGAGAGAGUCAGCUGUAGCCUGCAGCACAGACAUCACCGCUACCUACCGCUACCCAGUCUAGUUGUCUUUCCUCAGCCUUCAGCGAGCAGCAAUGGGGGACGACUCCAGUAAGGAUGAACUGGUGCAGACAGCCAAGCUGGCAGAGCAGGCGGAGCGUUAUGACGAAAUGGCCGCUGCCAUGAAGACCCUGACAGAGCAGGGCGCCCAGCUGACCAACGAGGAGCGUAACCUGUUGUCAGUAGCCUACAAGAAUGUGGUGGGUGCCCGACGUUCUUCGUGGCGUGUGGUGUCCAGCAUUGAGCAGAAGACCGACGGCUGCGAAAAGAAGCAGGCCUUGGUCAAAGGCUAUCGUGAAAAGAUUGAGAAGGAGCUGAAGGAAAUUUGCAACGAUGUGCUGAACCUCUUGGACACAUACCUCAUUCCCAACACCACUUCACCAGAGAGCAAAGUCUUCUACAUGAAAAUGAAAGGAGAUUACUGCCGCUACUUAGCUGAGGUAGCUAAGGCACCAGAAAAGGAAUCCAUCACUACACGUUCACUUGAUGCCUACAAAGAGGCUUUUGAGAUCAGCAAGAAAGACAUGCCGCCCACGCACCCCAUCCGUCUUGGCCUUGCCCUCAACUUCUCUGUCUUCUACUAUGAGAUCCUUAACACGCCUGAUAAGGCUUGCCAACUGGCCAAACAAGCUUUUGAUGAUGCCAUUGCAGAGCUCGACACAUUGAGUGAAGACUCAUACAAAGACAGUACGCUGAUCAUGCAGCUACUGAGAGAUAACUUGACACUGUGGACCUCUGACAACCAGGGUGAUGGCGAGGAUGCAGAGGAGCCCAAACAUUGAGACAGAGCACCCUAUUCGUCCCUGUCUGCCUGUCAUUGUCCCAGCUCAUCUUCAUCAUUAUCAUCAAACACUGAGACCACGUCAUCAUCAUCAUCCAGCUCUUUCCAUCCCUUUCUUCUAUUUAGUUCUCUCACCAACAGUCAUCUCACUUCUAUUGGUUUACUAUUUCUUGUUUUGUAGUUAUUGUGGGUAAGGGGAAUGUGAAGGGUAGGUUUGGCAUUUUGAAGCGGGAGGGUCAGUUUUGAAGGGUGAGGGAGGAUAAAUUGGGAAGGGGAGGGGGUGUUUGGCCUUGGGCGCUUGUCUGCUGAUCUUUUUGUUUUUGCGUGUGGGAGCAAUAGGGGUUUUACGAUAUUAACAUGGUGGGUGUGAGGGCAAGUUCUCAACUCAGGCUACGUUCGACUGGCUGAGUUUUCAGAGUCAGAGCAGUUAUACUGUACAUGCAUCCUAUUCAUGUUAACGAACUUAUGCUUGAUUUGACACCAUCACUCGAUGAUCCAUCUGUGAUUUCACAACAUCAGUCUGCUCCUCACGUGGCGAGGUAGCAGCUGUUAGUCCGUACUUAGCUAGAGAAAUGACAGAAGUGAAGACAGUGGAGGUUUCUUAAGAGCGCUGGAGACAGUAGGCAAGGUUUUGUCAGAACAGAAAGGUUACAUUCCAUCUACAAUCAAUUACUCAGCAUUCUGUUUCUCUUCAUUCUGUUUUUUUUUUUUUAAUCUUUUUUCAGGUGACCUAUAUUUUUAUUUCUGUGUAUCAAUUACAAUUUAUAGAAAACCUAAGAACAAAAGAGCACACUUGUUACUGUUGCUGUUUUGUAUGAGCAGAACAGUAAGAAUUUUCCCCAUGUGCUGGUUUAGUUACCGCUUUUCUCCAAUUAAGGUUUUUAUUUGUUUUUGAUUUUGAUUUUUCCUUUUUUUUUUUUCUUUUGAUACUUGCCUAAAUUGCAUGUGACUUAAAAAGUAGUUAGCAGAGAGGGAAGGGAGGUUGUCGGGCUGGCUAGCUUUGUUCAUGUCUUUGGAAUUUUCAUACAGAGCACCCAAGCAUAACUGUUAUUUGGAGGGAAAUAUGUAAUUUCAUGUAUGUGGAAUUAAAGAAAAAAGAUAAUUUAAAAG